AGGGAGGCUUUAGGAAGCUAGGAGGAGCUCCGGCAAGGUCGACAACAGCAUCCUGCUCUGAGCUACAGGAAGACUGUAGCGCGACUGCCUUUAGUUCGCGGAGAACAGCAAUGGUUUCCUUUUGAAUUUCGGUUGAAGAAGAAUAAAGCCAGGAGGUGGCUGGAAGUGUCCAUGCUGUAGCUUCUCGUUUCGAGCUAACAAGCUUCGAGGCGUUUUAGCGCUUUUUUUCCCUGACCAAAUAGUUGCGAGGACGGUAUUGAACUUCUUCUGGCUUGGGGUAGCGGGCCUAACGUGCCUUUCUCUACCGCGGUUUAUCCGUUACUUUUUGCAUUAGCAGUGCUGAUUGUGCCAUGUCAGCGCCAUCAUCCACGCCUCCCGCAGCGGAGAAUGAUCUUUUAAGGCCCGAUGGGGGGCAGAACCCGCCGGGUCCGACGCACAGUCAGAGCCGCUUCCAGGUGGACCUUGUGGCCGAGGCAGCAGCAGCGGUCGAAGAUAAGUCACCGAGUUCUGAAACCUCCACCACUGUCCCGUCCAGCGAGAUGGCCACUCCCGGUGCAGCACCUGACGAUCCAGGAGCGAGCGGUGAAGAAGCCAAAGGACGGUUUCGGGUUGUUAACUUUGCAGACCCAAGUGGAGCUGGGAGUCCGGCCUCUCCAGAGGCGGCGCCGGUCGAGGGGGUGCGGAACGGGGACACAGUGAUGAGCGAGACUAGCUUGCAUUCAUCCACAGGCGGCCAGCAUCACUAUCACUAUGACACCCACACGAACACGUAUUACCUGAGGACCUUUGGCCAUAACACCAUCGAUGCCGUGCCCAACAUCGAUUUUUACCGGCAGACCGCAGCACCACUGGGGGAGAAGCUCAUCAGACCCACCCUGUCGGAGUUGCACGACGAGCUGGACAAGGAACCUUUUGAGGAUGGGUUUGCCAAUGGUGAUGAGCUGACCCCAGCAGAGGAAGCUGCAGCAAAAGAAGCAUUGGAAUCUAAAGGAGUUGUCAAGUUUGGCUGGAUUAAAGGAGUGCUGGUCCGCUGUAUGUUGAACAUAUGGGGUGUGAUGCUCUUUAUCCGAAUGUCCUGGAUUGUGGGGCAGGCUGGAAUUGCUUUAUCCUGUUUAAUUGUUGCCAUGGCCACUGUUGUGACAACAAUCACUGGUCUCUCCACUUCUGCCAUUGCAACCAACGGAUUUGUUCGAGGAGGUGGAGCUUACUACUUGAUCUCAAGAAGUUUGGGGCCAGAGUUUGGAGGCUCUAUUGGUCUAAUCUUUGCCUUCGCCAAUGCAGUGGCAGUGGCUAUGUAUGUGGUGGGCUUUGCCGAAACUGUUGUGGAACUUCUUGACGGUGCCGAUGCGCUCAUGACGGAUGAGAUCAACGAUAUUCGAAUUAUUGGCACCAUCACAGUAAUCCUUCUCCUGGGCAUAUCUGUUGCAGGAAUGGAAUGGGAAGCAAAGGCCCAGAUCUUCUUGCUCUUUGUGCUCAUCACAGCAAUCAUCAACUUCUUCAUUGGAACGUUUAUUCCUAUUAAGUCGAAGGAAUCUAUGGGCUUCUUUGGCUAUGAUGGUUCUAUCAUGUGGGAAAACAUGGGUCCUGACUUUAGGAAGGAAACAUUUUUUUCUGUCUUUGCAAUCUUCUUCCCUGCAGCCACUGGUAUUCUGGCUGGGGCAAACAUUUCUGGAGACCUUGCUGACCCACAGCUUGCCAUUCCCAAAGGAACACUCCUCGCCAUAUUGAUCACUGGAAUAGUUUAUCUGGGAGUUGCUAUCUCUACAGGCUCAUGUAUUGUGAGAUAUGCCAGUGGGAAUGUGAGUGACACAGUCAGUUCUCAGUUCAUGACGAAUUGCACUGAUGCGUCGUGCAAAUUUGGCUACGACUUCUCUUCCUGUAAGAGUGACAAAGACUGUCGCUAUGGACUCCAUAAAGAUUUCCAGGUUAUGAGUAUGGUUUCGGGUUUUGGGCCCAUAAUUACUGCUGGAAUCUUCUCUGCCACGCUUUCCUCAGCUCUGGCGUCUUUGGUCAGUGCACCUAAAGUGUUUCAGGCUUUAUGCAAAGACAACAUCUACCCCAGCCUAAGCAUGUUUGCCAAAGGUUAUGGCAAGAACAAUGAGCCUCUCAGAGGCUACAUCCUGACCUUUGUGAUUGCUCUUGCUUUCAUCCUCAUUGCUGAACUGAACGUCAUUGCUCCCAUCAUCUCUAACUUUUUUUUGGCGUCCUAUGCCUUGAUCAACUUUUCUGUGUUCCAUGCCUCCUUGGCCAACUCGCCAGGGUGGCGUCCCAGCUUCAAAUAUUACAACAUGUGGGUUUCUCUGGCUGGAGCUGUACUGUGCUGCGUGGUAAUGUUUGUGAUCAACUGGUGGGCUGCUCUUUUCACCAACGUCAUUGUCCUGGGUCUCUAUAUUUAUGUCAACUACAAAAAGCCGGAUGUGAACUGGGGCUCAUCGACCCAGGCGCUGACCUACCACCAAGCUCUGACCCACACUUUGCACCUCAGUGGAGUAGAAGACCACAUUAAGAAUUUCAGACCCCAGUGUCUGGUGAUGACUGGUUACCCCAACUCCCGUCCAGCUCUACUGGACCUGGUUCACAGCUUUACGAAGAAUGUGGGUCUGAUGGUGUGUGGCCAUGUUCGCACGGGUUAUAGAAGACCAAACUUCAAAGAUCUUGCAACAGAGCAAUCCCGGUAUCAGCGUUGGCUGCUGAAGAAUGAAACAAAGGCUUUCUAUACGCCAGUGUUUGCAGAGGACAUGAGGCAGGGGAGCCAGUUCCUGCUCCAGGCUACAGGUUUGGGUCGUCUCAAGCCUAACACUCUAGUGCUUGGCUUCAAGAAUGAUUGGCGGGAUGGAGACAUGAUGAAUGUGGAGACGUACAUGAGUAUAAUCCAUGAUGCAUUUGACUUCCAGUAUGGCGCUGUUAUUCUGCGAUUGAAGGAGGGCUUGGAUGUUUCGCAUAUACAUGGACAAGAUGAUUUGCUGUCCUCCCAAGAAAAGUCAUCUGGAAUGAAAGAUGUGAUUGUGUCCAUUGACACUAGCAAAGACUCUGACGGAGAUUCCUCUAAGCCUUCCUCCAAAGCCACAAGCCUCCAAAACAGUCCAGCAACACAGAAAGAUGAUGACGAUGAUGGCAAAGCCCCAACGCAGCCCCUGUUGAAAAAAGAUAAGAAGAACGCCACUGUACCACUGAACGUGUGUGACCAGAGACUGCUGGAGGCCAGCCAGCAGUUCCAGAAGAAGCAAGGGAAGGGCACUGUUGAUGUCUGGUGGCUGUUUGAUGAUGGAGGUUUGACUCUGCUCAUCCCCUAUCUGCUGACCAACAAGAAGCGAUGGAAGGACUGCAAGAUUCGUGUUUUCAUUGGAGGCAAGAUCAACAGGAUAGACCAUGACCGCCGAGCGAUGGCAACUCUGUUGAGCAAAUUCAGGAUAGACUUCUCGGACAUCACUGUGCUGGGAGACGUAAACACGAAGCCCAAAAAGGAACACGUGACUGCCUUUGAGGAGUUGAUUGAGCCCUAUCGAUUGAAGGAAGACGACAUGGAGCAGGAGGCAGCCGAGCGUCUGAAAAACAGCGAGCCAUGGAGGAUUACUGACAAUGAGUUGGAGCUUUAUCGUGCCAAGACUAAUCGUCAGAUCAGACUCAACGAACUACUGAAGGAGCACUCCAGCACAGCCAACCUCAUCGUCAUGAGCCUACCAUUGGCCAGGAAGGGUGCAGUGUCGAGUGCUCUGUACAUGGCCUGGCUGGAGGUGUUGUCAAAGGACCUGCCGCCCAUCCUCCUGGUGCGCGGCAACCACCAGAGUGUCCUAACCUUCUAUUCUUAAAAAAAUACACAAGGAGAAUGUCUCACAUCCACCUAGUGUCUGUUAGUGGACCCACUUUUAUAUAUACACGUAUAUAUAUAUACAGUAUAUAUAGAUAUAUAUACAGUAUGUACCUUCCAGUUCCAGUCCAAACAUAAGUAUGUACCAUGCACACUUUAAAACAGCAACGUUUUAAAAUAAAGCAACAAGAAUAAAGUUGAAGGAUGGGGAAAAGACACACGGUUCAAGCAGGGUUGGGGUGCUUUUAAAAUGUACCAACUCUCCUCCUUUCUAUUUGUUCCUGAAACGUUUGUAUUUUCUCUCCAAUUUCUUCUGAUUCAUACGUGGAAAUGAUCGGUUUCUCCGAAAUCGAGGGGUCUCUGGUUUUUAAAAGCGGUUCUUUUGCACCAACUUUACCGUGUGAUGUGGAAUAUUUUGCGGCCGCACUUGCUGUUCAUUUUAUUUGACGAGUUUUAAUGUUUGUGAAGCAGCAAGGGUCCCCUCGCUGCUUUCCUGGAAUGUUUGGAGAGAAGCAUGGAGAAACAAUGCUUUGCAACACCUUUUUAAAGCCUUAUGGAUGUGCCUUCCAGUUGAAUCAGAUGAUAUUAAUCUCUAUUUAGAUGACGAGAAGACGUAUUAUAUUGCUUGAUAGUUAGGUUUAUUGAUUUUCAACUUGAUUCUUUCUUAGUAGAGUGAACUGCAUGAAUUUAUUCAACGUGUAAGUGACGGCAUAAAGACUUUCUGCCAGUUCUUCCCCCUUCGUCAACCUGUGUCUGGGGCCAUAGUGCUUUUCUUUUGAUAGUCUUCCUUUUAAAAGACCUUAUUUUUGAUGCCUCAACUACUCUGCAAAAGACACUAUUAAGCUUGUAGGCAAAGUGCCUAACAUCCAUAGAAUAUUAUUUUUGUGGACUUAUUUUUUUCGCUGUCACAUGAAGAGUAGCCUCUCCUAUGUAGCCGCUGAUCAACUAAAUGCUUUCAUUCAACAAAUGUUUUGUUUCUUGCAUUGUUUUGUCGUCUGAAAACUUUGCCUUAAUACCACAAGUACCAGUUUCACCAUUUGUAAGCCAUACCAGAUACAGUAGCUCACAUCAUGUUCACGAAAAAGUGCUUGCUUAAAGCUGAUGUUGACAGUUCACACUACUUUUGUCGACAUAAAAUGUAUUUUCUUUGGUGCAUCAGCCGGUUUAUGUCGGUCAAAACGUGUUGGGAGCAACGGCUUGACGUUUUCUAGUAAUGGGUAAUCUAAUUAAUGACUAUUUCAGACCUAACCGGCGUGAAAUGUGGUGCGUUGUUAUGCACUGAUAUCCGACAGCUGCUACCGCUCUCAGGCUCACUCGUAGAUAUGUGAAUUUCGUGAACGAGUUGAAUCUGUAGAAUGGCUCUUUUAAGGGAACGAUGACAAAUGAAUGCUGUAAUCCCUCACCAUUUUGCACUUCAAAUAUCACGACUUUAUUAUUAUAUUAUUAUCUAUUAUGGUUUUUCUAAAACAUUAAUUAAUAAAUCAUGCUGGUUUAUGGUUGAAUAUGGCCUGUUAUUAGUCACAAAUAAUGCAUAUUUAAACACAUUUUAUGUUAAAUUAAGCAUUUUCAAGCAUAAAAAUGGCUACAUGAAAUAAAAUACAAAUAUAAGGCAUUCAGAAGAUGCAUUCAAAGACGUGAUGAUAUGUAGUAUUCUACACCGGUCGCUAAUGUUUGAUGAGACACACAAGCAUCAAACUUGGUCGCUACUGUUGCGGCCGUAACCUAAAUCAAGCUAAAACUCCACUCAGCUCCUCUCGUACCAAAACACAUUGUGGAAAUUCACUUAUCACGGUCGGGUCUGGAACCAAUUAAGCGUAAUAAACGAGGGAUUACUGUAUUUCAAAUGUUACUGUUACCGGUGUGAAAUGUGCUGCGUUCAAUGCACUGAUAUACGACAGCUGUUACCCACUCAGCUUGCUCACUCAAAAGCAUGUGACAUUCGUGAACGGGCCGGGUCGUUUGAAUGACUCUUCAAAGGAAUAAUGAGACUCCAUUUGCCGAUAUAGGAAUACAAUAUAUAACAACGGGUCAUCCUUAUAUGCAACUGGGAAUUGUUUUUCCAGCUUUUAUUUAAAAGAGCAGUUUAAAAGACUCGACUCGUUUGUGAACGUCUUGUGAACUCGCUGCAACAAUGUUGAGUGUGUCGAGUUAAAGCUGUCGUUUUCAGGAUGAGGCACUUCAACGUCAUUGAUGUAAAAGGCAAGAACAUACAUGUGAAGUGUACAGUAUGUCCAACUCCAAAGUGUUCGUUCCCGUCCGUUGUGAGUAACACAAAUCUCGUCAAACGUCUCUCACCACGGCUACAAAGCUAAAUCACAAGUCUUUGACAUAUUAUAAGUAAGGCAGUAAUUACUUUCCAUGGUAACUAAUUACAUUUAUGAAAAAGCAAUUGAAUUACAUUUUGGGGAAAGUAACUAAUUACUUUUUUUAAGUGAAUUGCCCAACCCCGGUUAUGGUAUUGUUAACUUCAUCAUUAUCGCUCGUGUGUUUUUACAAAAGCAGAUUUGUGUUUAUGUCGAAAUUAAUAAAACAAACGGAAAAGGUUGGGCUGGGCAACAGAACUUGCCUCCAAAGCUUCAGCGUGGUACUUCUUUUGUGGUAAACUUCUCAGCUCGACUACCAAAACGCUCCCCUUCGAAUGGAGGAACACAACGUCAACAGACUGCCGUCUUUUCAAAAAUGCUUAAUGUCGCCUGUUCUCCUCACGUCUCUGGCCAAAGCCACAAGUAACCGUUUUCGGUUAGGACGACAACCGCGUAUGUCGACAUAAAUGUAUUCCACUGUAAUACACCACCACAAACACGCACUCCGUCCACCACGUCCCUCAUCUUGCUUACUGUAACUGCUAGUUGCUGGUGGAGCGGUGAUUCCACAGAUAACACAUUCCAGCAUUGGCGUUGCUCGUUUGCCGUCUGGAUGUACGAUGAACUGCUGGCUGGAGGAUAAACGUCACACUUGGAAGGCUGUGAAUCAUGUGACAGAAUGUGUCAAGUCAGGAGCAAACUUAUACCUCUAUGCAUUUCACUUUGUGUCGCCUACGUACUUGUAAUAAAAGUCCAUCUCUCCAUUUGAAA